AUGAGCGUCUUCCUCCGUAGCCGCCUUUCCCUACGAGCCACACCCUCUAUCGCCGCCCGCCAACUGGCUCCCCUUCGCAGUGCCUACCCCCUGGGGCAACGCUUCUACGCUCACAGCUCCUACGGGGGCGAUGGCGAAACCGAAGCCCAGCAACCCGAUAACCCACGAAACCAACCUACGCGAGACAUUGAGCACCCAGGUUACUCUUCCCAGACGCCGAUUAACGUCCAAUCUAUUCUAGGUCCACCUCCACCGGACACGGGAUCCAGUUCUACUGCGAAGAGCAGCAGCGGCAGUAGCAGCAGCAGCAGCAAGCAGCCGUCGAACAAGGCCCAUCCGACUCUAGCUGAUGGGGACGAGUCGCCGUAUGUCGAUAAGGAUGGACAUACCACGGCAGAUGCGCCCGAAGAUGUGAGACGGCAUAAUGAGGAGAUUGAGAAGAGGGCGGAUCGGCCGACGGAACGAGCUGGUUGA